ACAACAGGAGUACAACAUAACUCGCGUCCCCUUGGACGAGUCUGACUCGUACCAGCAUGAAGGGGAACGUUCAAACCUUCGCAAAAUUUUCUGUGUACUGAAUGAAGCGGGUGUCAUUCAUCCACCUUGCAGAAAAUUUUCCGUGUACUCUCCGGUACGGAACCACUCUCUCCCUGCUUAAUCCUUACGCUGUUGGAAAGCAUCAUGUGUUUUGGUAGGUUCUCCUCUCGGUCGUCGUCGUCGGCGGCUGGCUAGAGGAAAAUCCAUCCCAAUCAAUACGAGCGGGAGCAGUGCAGAAGCGAGAGCCAGGGAAGCAUUCGGCCGUCGCCGCACGUAUCCUUUUGGAUGCGGACGGAGACUCCGGGACUCCGGUCGUGCGAAGGAAUCUCUCAGUUUUCCGACGGUUGCUGACGGUGGCGCAACACGCUGUCUUCGGAGAUCCAGGAUACGCGUUAACGUGCGUGUGAAUACGUCGCUGUUUUUUUCUUGUGAUUUUUUUUUCCUGAGGGCUGACUGACGGUCUGUCAUAAAAGUGUGACCAUUACAAAAAUAACCCACAAUGUCGCCUUGAAGAAGGAGGCCGGACUUGUGCUCGCCUGUGGAGAAGAAAAAUCGGACUUGGGGAGUUUCGGAGAGGAGUCAGGACGACCGGGAAGGACGCAUUUUCCAUUUCGCUAAUAAAAUUUUCCUCGCAUGAUUCGGUCGCAUCGUCGUCGCGGUGUUCGAUUUCACCUAUAGGCCGUGGCCGAGUUUUCCGAAGAACGAGUGGACAGCGGAGGAGGUGCGAUUAGCGUUUCGGUGUUUUCUGUGAAUUGUUCCGAGAAUGUUGGGGGCAUGAAAUGCCUCUCGACGGUACGUCCCAGGUGGGCUUUAGAUAACAUGUGUGUCGUGGUCGCGUACUUUGUGAGGUAAAAGCAAGUGAAAAGCCUGAAUGUUAUGUGCAGCAGAGAAGCAUUUCUUUGAAUAGCGAGUGGUGCAAUGGAAAAAGCUUCCUCUGCCAACAGGAAGUGCUUGCGAAACGCUGUUUGAAUAAGAAAAGGUCUUGAGGAAGCGUGGCAGAAGCGAGACGAAUACGCUCAAGCAGCAAGUAGUGAAGUGUUUUGGGUACUAGAGGGAAAAGAGAAUCCAAAGGAUGAAGUGACGACGACGAUGGAGAAGAAAAAUGCUGAAUGAAGGUUGUGUCGCUUUUUGUUGAAUUAUAUUUGGCUGGGAAAGGCGGCGUGUGCAUACAUCACAGUGACUUGUCAAACGAUUGUCGAGCAACCGAAGCAGUCAACCAAAAAUUCGCCAGAUCAAAAGUUGCCAUCCAGACCCGCAUAAACCAUUACGAACGGGCAGCUCACGUUUGCGAUACCGAUGUUGGAGUUUAUGACCCAGAAACAUUCAAUUGAAACAUAGUUGCCCAACCAAGGUGGUUCACGCAAAGCAUCAUCACAUUCAAUCGACCGGACCACCACCACCAUCAGCACCACACUAGAUGUGACUUCAUAAAGCUGGUCAAACGACUCCAGAGUGGUACGAGGACUGCAGCUGGGUGUUAAAACAGGAAGGCACACCGAACCCAGGGCAGCACUUGUGGAGAAGCUGAAAAUGAAAUUUAAUGGUUUCGUGAAUGUUUUAUGCUGCAAACUGGUGCUAAUUAUUUAUUUAGCCGAUGGAAAGCAGAUGCACGAAAAGGACAAACACGAGCCUUACAACGUGGACGGCGUGGAGGGACGCAGUAUCGAGUUACAAUGCCCAAUUACGGUCCCACUGUACGAGGUGAGCAUGGUGCUCUGGUUCAAAGACAACGCCGGAAUUCCUCUGUACAGCGUGGACGUACGUGACAGGAUUGGCCGGCAGCCGGCGCACUGGUCGGCGCCUGAAGUAUUUGGCUCACGUGCCAAGUUCAAUAUUGAUAAAUCACCUGCAUCGCUGCUGAUAAAGAAUCUGAAAAGACAUGACCAGGGAAUCUACCGGUGCAGGAUCGACUUCCGAACGAUACAAACGCAGACAUAUCGUUACAACUUGUCUGUUAUAGUGCUACCGGAGCAACCAGUGGUUCUGGAUCGCUGGGGACGGCUGAUGAAUGGAACCAAGCUCGGACCCAAGGAGGAAGGCGAUGACGUCGUUAUCACAUGUCGCGUUUCGGGAGGUCGACCCCAACCCGAAGUGCGGUGGUUGAUCAACGGUGUAAUUGUGGACGACCAGUACGAACAGAAUUCUGGCGAUAUAAUCGAAAAUCGGCUGUUGUGGCCGACAAUCCAGCGCAGCGAUCUAAAUUCGAUAUUUACCUGCCAGACCAUGAACACCAAGCUCGUCGAAGCGAAGGAAACCAGUUACGUGCUGGACUUACACUUAAAACCACUGUCGGUGAAAAUAAUUGAUCCACCGCAAGCGCUGGUGGCAGAGAAUCGCUACGAAGUGUCUUGCCGAAGCUGGGGCUCCCGGCCCCACGCCAUCAUCACCUGGUACAAGGGGCGGCGGGAAAUGACGCACACCAAGGACGACACCCAGAACCACAACAACACCGUCUCCACGCUCGUAUUUUCGCCGAAAAUCGAUGACGAUGGCAAAAAUAUGACAUGCAGAGCGGAAAACCCCGCCGUCAAAGGGUGGUUCCUGCAAACUACCUGGAAAAUGAAUGUUGUCUAUGCUCCACUCGUUUCGAUUCAGCUGGGAUCUACAUUGGUUGCCGACGACAUCAAGGAAGGGGACGAUGUUUAUUUCGAGUGCCACGUGAAAUCAAAUCCUUCAUGGAAGAAACUGCUGUGGUUCCAUGAUGACACUCUGCUGCUGCACAACGCGUCCGCCCGGGUUAUCCAAACCAAUCAGAGCCUGGUGCUGCAGAAGGUGGUGAAACAGUCGGCCGGAUAUUACGCUUGCAGCGCAAUCAACGGCGAAGGGGAAACCGUCAGCAAUCAGCAGUUUCUUCGGGUGAAGCAUGCUCCGGUGUGUGGCCACGAAAGAGUCGUCCUAAUUGGUGCAUCGAAAAACGAAAAUAUGGAAAUUUUAUGCGAGAUUUAUGCAGAUCCACCGGCCAGAUCCUUUCACUGGCGAUUCAACAACUCUGCCGAAAUUCUCGACGUGGACUCGCAUCGCUACUCGAACCAUGGAAAUUUCAGCGUGCUGCAGUACAUUCCCGUGUCGGAACAGGACUACGGAACACUUUCCUGCUGGGCUUCCAACGAGAUCGGAGUGCAGAGCGAGCCUUGCUUGUUUCAGAUCAUUUUAGCCGAUUUGCCUUCCCCGGUGACCAACUGCACGCUCUACAACCGAACGCAACAGUUUGCCGAGAUUCAGUGUGCACCCGGCUAUGACGGCGGUCUACCGCAGAUGUUUAUGCUGGAAUUAGUCUCCAAGAGGACCGGCACCAGAAGGUUCAAUUUUUCCAACAAACACGAACCAUACUUCAUGCUGGAUCACCUGGAAAAGCUCACCGCCCUGAUGGCAGCGGAAAACAACUCCCUGUCGUGCAUAGUCUUCGCCAUCAAUCAGAAAGGGGCCAGCCGGGGAGUAAUCAUUCCCAAUUUCGAAAUCGGCCACGUGCACCCGUUCCAAUCAGCUAGCAAACACUCGACGGAAUGGUUCCCGAUAGCACUCGGCGCCCUGCUUACCGUCAUAAUAUUGGCUCUCUCAAUUUCCACCAAAGCGUACUUUGGCCAGUGCUGGCUCAGCUGUCGUCCUCGGAGCCAAGCGGACCAACAGCGGAAUGACGUGAAAAUCACCCAGCAAACAAAAAAUAUUGUGAUAUCCAACGAUUUCGAAUGUGGCACCAAUUGUUUGAAGCGGAAAAGUACACAAACGCACAACCACCAGCACCAGCAGCAACAGCAGCAGCACAGGAGCAGUUUGAGGAAGAAAAACACGUCGAAGGAUGCCAACGAGGACGAACCGGACCCGGAUGUUAUUCCAGCCCAGUUCAAUAUGAUAUCAUCCUCUCCGAUGAUUUCCACUCCAAUGCUUGGAUCGAGGGAAAAGAACGACAGCUACGCAUUUGUCAACUAUUCGGCAAGUUCGUACUACCCUAAUCCGAUAGACCUGAGCAAUCUCAGCGCCGGCCUGGGAUUGGAUUGUCCAACGGCGUCCUUCGUGGUCGGUGGCCAUCCGGUGGCGAUGGCUCUGGAGAGCAGUGGCGGCAGUAGUGGAGGCGGACAUCAUUCCGGACUCGCACUCAACGGACCGAUCCAGCAGCAUCCGAGUGCAACUGCCAGUAGUAUUAGCAGCGCCACUGCCGCCACCGGUGGGUCCGAUCUGGACAUCAAUGUGAUUAAGGAUCGCCUCAUGACGACACGUGUACCGGAGAGCUGUGUUUGACCGGUGACGAACGAAGUUCUUGUCGUCGUCAUCGGCGUCGUCGUCGUGCCUCGUUUCACUCGAUUUUCCAACCACAACGAGGCGUUGCUGCUCCGGUGGCUGGCAACAAACAUAUCUCUGUCGCUUGGAAUCGUCGUCGUCGUCGUCGUCGUCGCCAAUGCCGCUGUACAUUCGACAAAUCUUUUCGUCCCGUGUGUGCUGCUGAAAAUGUGUGCUGCUACACUGUGAACCGUUUUCUACUGACGCUAGUAGAGUGAAGUCUUACCGAGUAUUUUAGGAUUAAAGUAUGUUGUACUGAUUUGUAA